AUGUCCUUUAGAAUCAGCACUAUCAUCAGUGCUUGGAGGGAACGGGGCCUUGAAAGGAACGAGGACAUCGAAGAAAAUCAGGAUCUAUAUGAUGUGGGCAAGAAGAUCGCUGGUAGAGAACCAGACGCAAUGGAGCAAAUGCGCAUGCCAUGCGUAUCCAACUCAGGAUCUGAAAAUAUCGACGGAGACACAAGAGAUGAAGGCCUCGUGGACAGGGACUGGGAAACGAUCACCAGUGAUUCUGACACCGGCGACAAGGCCAAUACCUGCAAAAUUACCGGCCCAAACACCAUCUACAGCACGAAUCGAGUGGAAUUUUUGAUGCCAGGUCUACCCAGCGGAAUUUACAGCUGGGAAGCCAAACUCAUUGCCAACUUACAUCAUAGCCGAAUGAUUGCUUUACCGGAUGAGAUUUUGCUACCAAUCAUGCACGAGUCCAAGCUUAGCGACCUUUACAUGCUGCGACAAGUCUCUUGGACUUUUUGGCGCUUAAAUCAAGACCGCACGUUCAAAAAACUGCAUUCCUCAAAUAAAUCAAGCUCACCGAGUGACUUGACGAUGGACGAGUCCGUGGUGAGGGCUGCGAAGGAACAAGCAUUCUGCCAGGCUUGCCUUACAUCAAAGGAGUCGGCAGAUUUCAGAAAGCGUCUGUCGAAGCUAGGGGACAGCCUUUUCUGCUCGUACUGCGCUAAGGACCACCCGAGACUUCAAUUCUCAAGUCUGUGGCGGAAUAACCUCGGCCAUCAGCGUUUUUGCCGGCUCUCCGAGGGUUUCAUUCAGCUCUGUGCUCAUAUCUCAGUACCACUUGCCAUCCUGGAACAGGAUUUACAGUUAGCCACAGUCGAUUGGCUUCGUACAGGAGAAAGAAUGUACCUUCACCACGUGAAUGGUGUCUAG